AAAUAAAAAAAUUGGGGGAGUACUUUUGAGCAGGAGCGGACCUACCAUUAAGGCAAAGUAGGCAAUUGCCUACGAGUAGGGGGCCCCCAACCAGCUGCCCCCACAGCCAGCAGCACCCCCAACUAUAAAAAUGCAUAAUUAUGUUAGCAUUCUAAACAAACAAAUAACAGAACAAAAAAGAAAGCCGUCUGAAAGCUAAAGUCAUAUUAUCUACCCCCCUCUCCCCCACACUAUAAUGGACUGAUCCAUGAUGACGGCUGUAAUGCGCCUUUAAGUUUUUUUGACAACCGACAUUCGGAAGAGGAAGAAGUCGUACGUUUGGGAGAAGGUUAGCGUAAAGCUACUUAAAAUGAAGCCAAUUUACCAGAGCGGGUUGCGAGAGGAGGCAAAAAAAUAUAUUGCCUCAUUGUCGAGAACUCAAGGUUCUUUACGGUAUCGGUAGAUAAAAUGUCAACGAGCCGACGCUAACUACCGCAGACUGUGUGCCGAAUUCCAGUCCCCGACGGAGGUGAUCCCCCCCGGUCCGCGGGACAAUUGUGGGAACACAAGCCGGUCCGUGGGUCAAACAAUGUUGGAGACAUUAGAGACAUGCUGAGUUUGGUGUUGCGACACCUCAUGUGUGAAGUCUAGGAGAAGUUACAGCAACAAGUAGGACUUUCUUUCUUUGACAUUUAUGCAAUAAAAACAUGGACAAUAAUAUGGAUGGACUUCAACAAGAUGAGCAUCCACGUUAUGUAUUUGUACAAAUAUGGAAAGCCUCGGUGGUCUAGUGGUUAGCACGUUGGCCAACACAGUAACAGCUUGGAGAUCGGGAAGAGCUGGGUGGGUUUUCUCCGGGUACUUCGGCUUCCUCCCACAUUCAAAAAAACAUGCAGGUGAGGUUAAUUGGCGACUCUAAAUUGCCCAUAGGUAUGAAUGUGAGUGUGAAUGGUUGUUUGUCUAUAUGUGCCCUGCUGGCGACCAGUCCAGGGUGUACCCCGCCUGUCAGCUGGGAUAAGCUCCAGCAUGCCCCCGCCCCCGUGAAGAAGCGGUAUAGAAAAUGGAUGGAUGGAUGGAAAACCUCCAUUUGACUUCUCUCCCAUGGAAGGCAUGGAAAUGGGGAGAAAGCAAUAGUUGACAAAGUGUUUACGUCUGAUUUUGUGUUCAAAGAGAGAAGUGCAUAUUUUGAAGCACUUUACACUUUAGUUGCUUCACAGUAUUCAUGUGUAAAUAAUCUCUCUCUCUCUGACACACACAUGAACACCCCCUCCCUUUCAACACAAACUGUCCCUGUUUCUGUUCGUCUAUCUCACACACAUCAACAUAAGUCAUCUUUGCAAACAAUUGAUUUCUCCCCAUUUCCAUGCCUUCCUCCUGACACUGUUUAUAGUUAUGACUGUUGGCAUAUAUUGUAUAGUCAUUUCUUUUGUUACAUUGUCAUUGUUCAUCUUCACCCUCAAUACAUACACACAGUCUCUUUCUCUCAGGAACACACACACAUCUGUUGUGAUGAUGUCUGGUUGUUUUUGUUCAAAAAUAAAUAUCUGGCACUUUGACAUUUUGGUGUUAUAUGUGAAACUUUAUUCUCUCAUUCUGUUGACCCCAUAUUGAUUUAGUGCACUGCAAGGUUGUAUAUUGGUAGGGGCCUUGAGGCUGCCUUUCCUGCAUUUUUGUGUUAAAAGAACAUAUGAAGAGGGCCCUCUGCUAUGUUCGCCUUAGGCCCCAAAAGUGCUAAGUCCGCCACUGCUUUUGAGUGAUCCGACACUUAUAAAUCGGCUCUCCGAAAGAGCCGGAAAUCCCAUCACUAUUGUAUAUGAUUGACUGUUAUGUAACAAAUGGAGAGGCCGAUUGCAGCGAGUCGGGCGGGGCUAGUCCCAAUAAGCCAAUCACCAAACACUCGCUCUGCAUUGAAGGAGCUGUAUAAAAUGGGGCCAGAGUAUUAGCUGACAUUUUAUGGUACAAAAUGAGUGGAUUUUAACAGCGGAAUGCGGUUAAAUGUUAAAGGUGCGAGGAGUUGUGUGUAGCGUGAAAGCUUAACGGACGAAUCCUGGAGUGAGGCUGACUUUGUCGAAAACUUCCACACGGACUUGACUCACUCACUCCCCCAAAAUGGAGAUAGCCAGCGACUGUGUGCUCGACUACUCCCGGUUAAAUCUGAACACUUUCACCGUGGACGGCGUCAGCGACGAGAAGAGGAGGAACACCACACAGCUUUACCUAAACAACAACCGGCUGUGCUCGCUGCCCUCGUCGGUAACCUUAUUCUCCAGCCUUCAGUUGCUGGACAUCAGCAACAACGGACUGUCGACGCUGAGCGAGGAUAUCACACGGCUAACCAAGCUGAGGACUCUCAUUGCCAAGAACAACUGCCUGGACGAGGUCUCGCUCCCCAAAGGCUUCGGCUCCAUGCAGCUGGAGGUGUUGAAUUUCAGCGGGAAUCGCUUCGAGGAGAUCCCGCUGCAGUGCACUAAACUACGGCGGCUACAGUCGCUGUCACUCGGCGGCAAUAGACUGAAAAGUAUCCCCGCUGAGAUCGAAAAUCUAGUCAGUCUGGAGCUUUUGUAUCUGGGCGGAAACUUCAUCACGGCCAUUCCUCCAGAAGUUGCCAACCUGCCUUACCUGAGCUACUUGGUGUUGUGUGACAACCGCAUCCAAAGUGUGCCACCACAGCUCACCAGGCUCCACUCGCUGCGCUCCCUCAGCCUCCACAACAACCUGCUCACCUACCUGCCCAGGGAGAUCCUCAGCCUGGUGCACCUGCAAGAGCUCAGUCUCCGCGGCAACCCGCUGGUGGUGCGAUUUGUCAAGGAGAUGACCUACGACCCCCCCUCGCUGCUGGAGCUGGCGGGGCGCACCAUUAAGAGCAGGAAUAUGUCCUACUCGCCACGUGACCUGCCCACCAGCCUGCUCAACUACUUGGAACUGGCCAGCAAGUGUCCCAACCCGAAAUGCGCUGGCGUGUACUUCGACUCGUGCGUACGCCAGAUUAAAUUCGUGGACUUCUGCGGCAAGUACCGGCUGCCGCUCAUGCACUACCUGUGCUCCCCGGAGUGCACAACGUCGCCGUGCAGCUCCAACCCCCAAAGCGACGCCGAGUCGGAGGACGAGAACAGCGUGCCCGCCGACCGCCUGCAGAGGGUGCUGCUGGGCUAGAAGCACGUGAACUCUUCAGUAAUUGUGCAUCUAUACAUACAGUAUGUACGGAAAAUACUCUCUAUGAGUCAUCAUAUGAACUUGUCCAUCAAUGAGCUUCAAUACUGGAUGCAACCUGCAGGAAGUGGAAAGUGUUUCUGUUCAGGGAUAUACUGUAUGGUGCUUUACAAAUCACAAUGUUUACAGUCAUGGAAGAAAUGAUUAGACCACCCGAGUUUUUUCAGCUUAUUGAUCCAUUUUAAUGCCUGCCACAACUAAAGGUACAUUUCUUUGGACAAAUCUAAUGAUGAUAACAAAUAUAGCUCAUAAGAGUUUCAUGUAAGAGCUGAUAUCUCGCAACUUCCAUGGUUUUCUUGACGAUAACCAAAAUCACUUAAGUUUUUACUUGAACAGCUAUAGCAUUGUACUGCCAAAAUAUGUAAAUCUUAUGAGCUAUUUUUGUUGUAUUUGUCCAAACAAAGGUACAUUUAGUUGUAUGAGGCUUUAAAUUGAACAAGAAACUGAAGAAACAAGGGUAGUCUAAUCAUUUUUUCCAUGACUGUACUUUUAAGGAUGACUCCUGACUUAGACGUAUUAGACGUGAGAAUGUUAAAUGUUACAGUGGCACCUGAGGGAGAAUGGCUUCUUACUAAUGUCUUUCAAUGCACCAUGAAAUGUGACAACGAUGACCAGGAAUUUUUCAUUAUGUGCGAUUAUGUGCUUUUCUUUUUCUUUUUAAUCAUAGAAGAAGUAUAUAAUGUAUAUGUAAGCUUUUUAGUCAGUGCUUUGAUACAAAUCAUUUAAAAAAGAAUGACUACGUAUUUAAUUAGCUUGCACUUGUACGGAAAAUGUAUUACUUGUUUGUAUUUGAUCACAAUAGUAAUAAAAAAAAGACUGAUCUAUAUUCUAGAAUUUGUCA